UUUUUUUAAAAAAAAAAACCUUUUAAAAAAAUAAUGAAGGGAAAUGGACGGAGAUUUGUAAAACCUACCAUGACGCCAUUGUAUUUUGAAUUCGUUUAUGAAAUGUUGUAUGUAUUUAUUGUUUCAAAAUGAUUGUCCCGUUAAGCUCAAAUACUAGGUGGGAGUAAAAAACCGUAGUGAACAAGAUGGAUAAUAAAUAUGAUUGAUGAUAGCACAGGAAAAUGUAACAAAAUACAGUACUCAGAAUCAGCAAAUUUGAGAUACGAUUGCAUGAACAACACGACGAGAAACCAGGCGAUGCUCGUAAAUACCAGGUCCGAUAUGCGUUCUGUUUAGAGCGUCCAUUUCCCAGACAUAUGCCUUGUGUUGUGGGAAUGUGGGUUGUACACCACUAAGAAAGGCCUAAGGCAUGGAUUCUUUUUAAAGAGACAUUUUUUGUGGAUUUAAGUCUUAUCUGAGAGGGGAGAGCAGAGCAGUGGCUGCAGAGUGUAUGUUAAUCCAAACCACAAACAGGAGAGCAGAGAGACCAAGAAUCGGGGCCUGCUGGACUAAUGAGGAACCAAAGUCAAGAAAAGUUUGCUAAAAAACAGUCCAGCCUACAGUUCUAAAGUUGUGGAAUAAAUGAGUGGUUUAUUUGUUGACCACAAACAUUUUGGGCUUCACAAACAGUCGAUCCUCACCACGCCUUAAUUGGUUAAGGACAGACAUUUUAAAGAAAAGAAAGAAUACAUCUGAGUUUUUUAUUCUGUCUUGAAAAUGGCAGUGUUUUGGGUACUUUUACUGCUGUAUGCUUUUACGGUUAUUCACCUUGACCUUAUAGAGGGCCACAGCAUGUUUGCCUGCGAGCCAGUUAACCUGCGGAUGUGCCAGGACUUGCCUUACAACACCACCUUCAUGCCGAAUCUACUGAACCACUAUGACCAGCAGACAGCUGCUCUCGCCAUGGAGCCCUUCCACCCAAUGGUCAACCUGCAAUGCUCAGCUGACUUGCGGCCAUUCCUAUGUGCCCUCUAUGCUCCUGUGUGCACAGAGUAUGGCCGUGUGUCCCUGCCCUGCCGGCGACUCUGCCAGCGAGCACAUAGUGACUGUCACACUCUCAUGGAGAUGUUCGGGGUGCCCUGGCCUGAGGAAAUGGACUGCAGCAGGUUCCCAGACUGUGAUGAGUCUUACCCCCGCCCUAUUGACCUGAUCUCAAGCCUGCAUGCCACAGAGGAGUCCCCAAUAUCAGUGCAGCGAGACUACGGCUUUUGGUGUCCACGUGAAUUGAAGAUUGAGCCGGACUUGGGUUACUCCUUCCUGGGCAUGCGAGACUGCUCACCACCCUGUCCCAACAUGUACUUCCGUCAAGAGGAACUCUCUUUUGCACGCUAUUUCAUUGGAGUCAUCUCCAUACUGUGCUUGUCCGCUACUCUCUUCACCUUCUUAACCUUCCUCAUUGAUGUCACUCGCUUCCCCUACCCAGAACGACCCAUAAUAUUCUACGCUGUCUGCUACAUGAUGGUCUCCCUGGUCUUUUUUAUCGGAUUCCUGUUGGAGGACAAGGUGGCCUGCAAUACAGCCAGCCCUGGGAGCUACAGGGCAGCCACAGUCACCCAAGGCUCCCACAACAAGGCUUGCACAUUGCUUUUCAUGGUGCUCUACUUCUUCACCAUGGCUGGGAGUGUUUGGUGGGUUAUUCUCACCAUCACCUGGUUUCUGGCUGCUGUGCCCAAAUGGGGUAGCGAGGCCAUUGAGAAGAAGGCCCUCCUGUUUCACGCCUGUGCCUGGGGCAUCCCUGGCACACUCACUGUGAUCCUGCUGGCCAUGAACAAAAUUGAGGGUGACAAUGUUAGCGGUGUCUGUUUUGUGGGGCUCUAUGACGUGGAUGCUUUGCGCUACUUUGUCCUAGCACCCCUUUGCCUUGACGUGCUGGUGGGGAUGUCCCUCUUGCUGGCUGGCAUUGUGUCACUGAAUCGAGUGCGCAUUGAGAUUCCUCUGGAGAAGGAGAACCAGGACAAGCUGGUAAAGUUCAUGAUCCGCAUUGGCGUCUUCAGUGUGCUGUACCUGCUGCCGCUCAUUGUUGUCAUUGGCUGUUAUUUCUACGAGCAGAGCUAUAGGCCUGUCUGGGAGAACACAUGGGUGCAGGAACGCUGCAGAGAGUACCACAUCCCCUGCCCUUCCCAGGUGAACCAGAAGAAGCGACCAGACCUGAUCCUCUUUCUGAUGAAGUACCUGAUGGCGCUAGUGGUCGGGAUCCCCUCAGUCUUCUGGGUGGGCAGCAAGAAAACCUGCUUUGAGUGGGCCAGCUUCUUCCACGGGCGCCGCAAGAAAGACAGCACUGUGAAUGAGAGCCGACAAGUGCUCCAGGAACCUGACUUUGCACAGUCCCUUCUGCGAGACCCCAAUACACCCAUCAUUCGCAAGUCGAGAGGGACUUCAACACAGGGAACCUCCACUCAUGCCUCCUCCACACACCUUGCCAUGCUGGAUGACCAGAAAAGCAAAGCUGGCAGCAUCCACAGCAAGAUGAGCAGUUACCAUGGCAGUCUGCACCGCUCCCGCGAUGGCAGGUAUACCCCUUGCAGUUACAGAGGUAUGGAUGACAGGCUUGCACACGGAAGCAUGCCUAGACUCAAUGACCAAUCGCGGCACAGCAGCAUGCAUCGCCUUAAUGACCAGUCACGGCACAGCAGCAUCCGGGACUUAAGCAACGUUCCAACACACAUCACCCAUGGGACCAGCAUGAACCGGGUCAUAGAAGAGGAUGGUGCAAGUGCUUGAGCCAGGUGGACAUGGGGACCACAGUACCACUCUGGUUUAACAACAGGGUGCGUGAAUAAGGUGCAGCUUCAUCAUGUCUGAUGAGAAACACAGGCCAUGAAUAUGAAGAUCUACCUAUGAAGAGGUCUUGUUAGACAUCAAUGGAAUUAUUUGUGCAUUUCUACAGCUCUAUGGAUCCUAGUUUGUUUAAAGUUGUUCUUACUUGUCUAAGAUUUCAUUCUGAAGUUCCCUGCACCUGUAUGUAAUAAUUCCAUUUGACAUCAGUAUUGGGACAGCAAUUAAAGUACUGAAGCCCUGCAGUCUUUUGUUUACCAGUUGAGGUCUUGCCUGUUGCAUUGAGAAUGAAUUCAAGGUAACAUUAUUUUCAGCAAAAUACCUGUUUUGUUAAAAUGAUCCAAGAAGAUGACGAAGCUGUAAAUGGGUCUAGAAGGAAAUAUAUUUUCAAUACCUCUUGCAAGACUGCUGGGCCAAGAGGAAGGGAGAGCUGUGGCCUCUGUGUGUUUUGAAUUUUAGCUAGCACUGUGAAUUUUAGAUAGCAAAAUUGUGUUUUAAAACUGUAAAGCCUUAACUGAUCUGUUAGAUAUUGCUACAGGUUUCUGGUUGUGCCUUUUCUACACCAGAGGUCUGUCAGGAUUGUAAUAACUGGCUGCCUUGUAGUCCCAUGUUACCAAGUGGUAACUAGAUGUGUACGCAAAUUUAAUUACACAAGAUGAAAAAAAUGGUAUAUAAAAGACUGCAACUGCCAACAGUGGAACGAGACUUCCAUACUAUGUAUAUCAAUAAUUUUAAUAACAAUGUGUCACAAUGUCUGACACAAACUUAACAGAGCUCCAAGACUGGGUCUAACAUCCUCGCUGAUUUUGUGUGCUUGGUGCACAGAUACAUUGCAGCUUUUUGUAUCCCUGUCUGCAGUUUCAUCCUACCUCAGUAUUGUAUCAAUAGUAGCUUAGAGGUGACUGUUUUGUUGGGGUAGUGUUCUGAAAGUAGCACUCUCCCAAAAAUUAUUGCAUAGAUUUGAGCAGGUGCUUCUUUAGCAGAAUAAAGUGGGCACCGCAAACUCUGGUUUUGAUGCCACAAUGACUAACCCAAGCAAGUGUUAGAGAAGGAAAUGGCAAACUUCCUGAUCUAAUGUUUUGUACAUUUUGUAUUGUAAUGUCAGUGUUUUUCUUUUCAUUUUACUUGUAGGUUGUAUGAUGUUUAAAUGGUGAGCAAUUAACAAAAACAAACAUUAAUACUGUU